CCCGCUGGGCUAUAAACUCCCCGGGGACCCAGCACCUGGCACAGUACCCCAGUGCUCUGGACCAGCUGCCUAGACCGACCGACAGACAGACAGACAGGGACUGUCUCAGGUUCUUGUGGCCCAUCUCCCUGGUGUGUUUUCCCCCCAGGGGAAGCGAGAAGAUGCGGCCAGUCGCCUACUUCAGCCUCUGUCUCCUCGGCUGCCUGAUCUUUAGCCCCUUGCUGGAAGCCUCUCCCCGCCAUUUCCUCUCUCCCCAUCCCGCCUCCUCUCUCGGAUCAGGAGCCGAGGCCAGGUCCUGUCCCAGUGGCUGGCUGUACUACCAUCACCAUUGCUAUGGGUUCUUCCCCGGAAAAACGACCUGGGCAGAGGCUGAGGUGGAGUGUCAGCAUCAACGCAAGGGGGCCCACCUCGCCUCCAUUCUCAAUGAGGCAGAAGGGAACGUGGUGGCCAGAUACAUCCAGAUGACACGCUCCAAGGAUUCUGUGUGGAUCGGACUCCACAACCCCCAGCAUAACAAUUGCUGGAAGUGGACAGAUGGGUCGCUGUAUCAUUACAGUGCUUGGAACCCUGGGGAACCAAACAAUGUGCGUAACGCUGAGUACUGUAUCGAGCUGCUGAACGACAGGGAUUUUAAGAAAUGGAACGAUAUUACCUGUAACAAGCAAAACACCUACAUUUGCAAGUAUGGACUCUAGCGAGGGGAGUCGCUCGCCUGCGCCUGAAGGGGGAGCUCAGCACCUGGGAUGCAAAAGACCUGGGCUCCUUGGGCAUGAUCAGGCAACGUCCCAGACAUUCGGAUGCUUCUUCGGAUGCUUUUGCUACUUCAAGGACCAGUCCCCUCCCUCCCUGAGAGACCAGAUCUCACUUCCCCAGCUGCAAACUCUCUUCCCCCAAGUGUCUCUGUUCGAGUUACACUCCUGCCCCUUCCCUCCCUUCCCCUCAAUGUCUGCAUCCCACUACAAUAAUAAACUCUCCUGAGCAUGCA